AUGGAAUUAACAGAAAUUACUGAUGAUAGAACGAUUUGGGUUCGCAAAAUGUUUCACCAACAUCUCGAGGGCGGAACAACUUUUGAUAAGCUUAAGAAAGAUCUGGCAAUAACAAAUACAGUGGAUGGUAAAGUUAGUGCCGAAAUUCUUAUUCAAGAACAUCAUCUGAAUCACAUGCAAACUGUUAGUGGAGGAAUGUUGGCAUUAUUGACCGACGUUUGUGGAUCGCUAGCAAUAUACUCUAAAGGAAUGCACCAUGCAGGAGUUAGUACAGAUAUAAAUGUUUCAUAUCUCGGAUCAGUGGGAAAUGGAGAUACUUUACUUGUGGAUGCAGAAUGUAUAAAGCUUGAUAAAAAACUCGCGUUUACCAUUGUAGAGAUGCGCAAUAAAGCCGAUAGAAAAGUGAUAGCUCGGGGAAGACAUACUUUGUUCAUUGAUAAUGCUAAUAAUGACCCUGAAAAUUUGUUUAAGAUUGAACACGCAAGAAUGUAA